AUGGCAUCUCCGGGAAAGGUUCAUGCUACCGGAGUUGUUGAACUUGAGAAGCAGGAUCCGGAAAUUUUCACAAACAAUUUUAGUAGCGAGAAUUUCAUCUGCCAGGCCCAAUAUUGCAAUCUUUAUCAUGGUAAGAUUCCCGGGGGUUGGAAAGGGCUUGAAGGCGGAGAUGUGACGGUGAAGUAUGAAUUAGAGUUUCUGCAGUCUCCUAAAGCAACUUCUUCUCGCUACUUGCUAAGGCUGAUUGCGCUUUCCCGUGAUGAUAAGAGUGAGUUCUUGGGAGUUGUUUAUGAUCUCAGGCUAUCAAAUACGCUGCGUCACUUUGUUGAUAAAGUGGAGUUUAAAUGGCUUGAAAGAAUUAAGGUAGCUGUUGGAAUUGCUCGUCUGCUUAGGUAUCUGAUUCAUGAGGAGCCAAGAUAUUUGGUCCGGGAUCUUUCUGCUGCCCACAUAAUGCUGGACAAGGAUUGGAACCCUUUCCUGAUCAACUAUUUCAAGCUGGAUGGUGUGGCGAUGGAUAGCAUGCAGCCCGAAGCACACUCGGAUCGGAUGAGUUUUGGAUCAUGGGGCUACAUUGAUAUAUAUUAUGUCAAUUCAGGUCUUUGUAGAGAAUAUUCAGAUGUCUUUGCAUUUGGUGUCAUACUUUGUGAGCUUCUAUUCAAAUGUAAAGUUGAGGAACAUCCUGGGGAUGGAUGGGUUUAUAUCUAUAAUGAAGCUCAAGAACUCUAUCCCUUGAACACGAUGCUUGGAGUAUCAUUUGUUGACAAGAGUUUGAAAAAAGAUCCUCAUUUUAAAGCUCCUGAUGGACCAAAAAUCUCCAGGUUGGCAAGGCUUUGCGUUGAUCUUGAUCCUAAAAUCCGCCCCAAUAUGGAGCAAGUCGUGAAGAGUUUGGAGAACCUCCAGGUUGUGAUAGAUAAUGUUGGAACGUUCACUGAUAUUUAG